AGCAAUGGGCGGAGGAAGGAAAGCAGUCCUGAGACUGGGGCCUUAGCUCUCCAGAGAGGUGGCCGGUGGAAGAAAGGAAUGGAGGACAAUGAGGUUCUAGGUGAGGGCUUGUCCCUCGGAUGCUUAUGCCUCAUUUCGUCUUUGGCACACGAAAGAGGAACAUUUUGUGACUCUGACCCAAGUUUGCUAGAGAUAAAGGGACCAUCUCAUCUCAGUCCCAGAGCCGUAAGCGGGUUUACAGAAGCCAGAGCAAUGGGGUUGACUAUCUCACAGAAGGACGCCAUGUUUUCUCUUCCUAUCUCACAUAGGUUCCAUGCCUAUGUAGUGGUGCAUCAUGUCUGCUGUGCAGUUGCUGCCCCAUGAGUAAGAAUUCCACUGUAACUCGGCUCAUCUACGCUUCUAUUCUCAUCCUUGGCACUAUUGUGUCUUGCAUCAUGAUGACAGAAGGCAUACAAACUCAGCUGAAGAAGAUUCCUGGAUUCUGUGAAGGAGAAUUUCAAAUCAAGAUAGUUGAUACAAAGGCAGAGAAAGACUGUGACGUGCUGGUCGGUUUUAAAGCUGUGUAUCGGAUCAACUUUGCUGUGGCCAUCUUUUUCUUUGCCUUCUUUUUGCUCAUGUUAAAAGUGAAAACGAGUAAAGAUCCCAGAGCAGCAGUACACAAUGGGUUUUGGUUCUUCAAAAUCGCGGCCAUUAUUGGUAUCAUGGUUGGAUCUUUCUACAUACCUGGGGGCCAUUUCACUAAAGUUUGGUUUAGUGCUGGAAUGUUAGGAGCCACUUUCUUCAUUUUCAUCCAGCUGGUGCUCUUGGUAGACCUGGCUCACUCUUGGAAUGAAUUAUGGGUAAAUCGAAUGGAGGAAGGAAACCCAAGGCUCUGGUACGCUGCCUUGCUGUCAUUUACAAGCCUCUUCUAUAUCCUGUCGAUCGUCUUUGCCGCGCUGCUCUACGUCUUCUACACCAGGCCUGACGGCUGCACAGAGAACAAGGUCUUCAUCAGCCUGAACCUCAUCUUCUGUGUUGCAGUUUCUAUUGUGUCCAUCCUCCCCAAAGUUCAGGAACAUCAGCCUCGCUCUGGCCUCCUACAGUCCUCCAUCAUCACUCUGUACACCCUUUACCUCACGUGGUCGGCCAUGACCAAUGAACCUGAUCGGUCCUGCAACCCCUCCCUCAUGAGCAUCAUCACACAACUCACCUCCCCCACUGUGUCUCCAGCAAAUGCGACCACUCCUGCUCCUGCCUAUGUCCCCCCAUCCCAGAAUGGACACUUCAUAAAUUUGGAUGAUUUGGGGGGACUGACUAUCUUUGUUAUCUGCCUUAUAUAUUCUAGCAUCCGUACUUCGAGCAACAGCCAAGUGAACAAGCUGACCCUCUCUGGCAGCGACAGUGUUAUCCUUGGUGACACCACCAAUGGAGCCAGUGACGAAGAAGAUGGACAGCCUCGGCGGGCUGUAGACAACGAGAAGGAGGGGGUGCAGUAUAACUACUCCUUCUUCCACCUGAUGCUCUGCUGUGCCUCCUUGUACAUCAUGAUGACCAUAACCAGCUGGUACAGCCCUGAUGCCAAAUUCCAGAAGGUGUCCAGCGAGUGGCUAGCUGUGUGGGUCAAAAUGGGCUCCAGCUGGUUGUGCCUCCUCCUUUACCUCUGGACUCUUGUGGCUCCCCUGGUCCUCACAGGUCGGGACUUCAGCUGAGCUAGGUGUGUGGAGGAUACUACUAAAGCUGACAGAGUUCCUCUCCUGGAAAUGCAUAUCCAUUUUACAUUUCAUCAACUAGACUACUAAGUGAACACUUUGCAGAUUUGGCUGUCUUCAGGUUUAUAUCAAAAGGCAAGAUUGAAUAAUGCUUGCUGCAGAGUCUGAGCUUCAUAUAAAUGCAUAUAUAUUACGUUUAUUUGUAAGGCUAUAGCACAAAGGGAACAUUUUUGUGUUUUAACAUGAACAGCUGUGCUGUGAAGAGAAUUCUUUAUAAAGACCUGUAGAUUCCUACAACUUUGGUUUAAGUUGUAAGUCAGAAGAUUGUUGGAUAUUUAAGGCUAUCUUUAAUAUAUUUCUAUUACAGUCUCCUUAAAAACCAAAAAGGAAUGCAUUAAUCCACAUUUCCCUCCUUCAGAGGUCCUGGUUCUUGGCAAGGAAUUACUAUGUGUGUAGGUCCUUCCCCGGAAAUGCAGCUGCUCAUGAGGCUGAAAGAAGAAGGCUAUUUUGUUCCUUUGCUUACUUUUUAUACUACACUGAUGCUGCUUGAUAGAAGUCUGUGGCUUUGUCAGAAAUGUCAUCCCAGUAAAUGCUUUGUAGAUCUGAUUAAAAAGAACACUUGACCUGGAAAACACUGCAGUGUUAUGUAAUGAUCUUGUUAAUGAGUGUGUAGAAGUCAAAGGCAUGUCAGUUUAUUACAUCUGCAACAUAAAAGUGCUUAAUUAAAAUAGAUAUUUAGUUUCUUGUUUGUUUGUGUAUUUGUUUAGAAAGGCUCUUAGCCAUCUAACCCAGACUUGCUCGGAACUCAGAUCGUCCUGGCUCAGCUUGCGGGUACUGAAAUGUAGGUCCGUACCCCAUAGCUAGUUUCUUACGGCUCCAUCUCCAGGUAGGUUUCCUUUUGUUGUUUGCUUGUUUGGAGAGUUCCACGUCAAUCUGACAUUUCAGGCAGGGUGCUCCUCUUCUUACACUUAAAAUCUGACUAGUAAAGUUUUAAGUUCAUUUAGAAACUAUCCCAAGUAUUUUCUCUGGGGAAGACCACUGUAGGGAAGACAUAGUUUAGGCACUGUCAAAAAAGAUAUUCCUGAAAAGCAGUGUGCAAGGGAAGUAUGAUAAAAACAGGCUUUUCAACAGAAACUCACCAAGUAUUGGGUUUGCACUGGGUCCUAUUGGGGUGUAAACAAGACUGAUGACAUCCUUCCAUCUAAGGAAAUGAGCUGAUAGCUGGUGAGUUAGUGCUGAGAGCUCAUCAGAGACCCUGGAUAGAGGCCAGCACCGUGACUCCCAGAGAGAGGACCUUUAGAUUUGUACCUUUGUUUACACCAGGCAUCAGGGCAAUUCAUUUGCGGUUUGAAAUAGAGAUGUAAAGGGGGUUUGAGGAGAAAUUGACAGUUUAGACAAUUUCCAUGUUAGUGUUGAAGGGGGUAGGAGAGACUGGUUCCUGGUUUAAUCUGUGUAGAUAGGUUCUAUUUGGGAUUCUGGUUGUGGAUCAAAAGGAUGGAGGUGGUGCCUUCAUAUGGUGAGUACGUUUGGGAGUCAGACCUCUUGAGUCUGACUGAGCUCUGGUAUUUUCUAGCUAUUGAAUGGCCAUCUAAUGCUUACUGAGUACAUGGUGUGCUUGUUUGAAAAUAAACUUGUCUCAGAAUGGAUCUAUUAUAAGAAUGUUUGAUAGUGCCAAUGUCCCCAUGGAUUAAAACAAGAGUGAAUGUCAGAGGUGUUCAGAAUCUGAUCAAGGCUGGGUUGGAGGUGAUCUUAGAGAAUUAAGCUGAUAAUCGUAAUAUGGACAGCUAAGUAGAGUUGGAGGCUCGGGAAGCUGGGUCUGACGGGCUGUUGGGACCACUGUCCGACCUUUAGGAUCAUAUGUGGAAAUCAGAGUAACAAGGAUUUGUGAAGCAGAUAGUUCUGGCCCUUAAUCUUAAAACCGUGAGAGACAAAUACCUGUUUUUAACAGUAGGGGACCAUGGUUACCUCUAAAAGUCUAAAUUUCAAAACAGUUCCCAUUCUUUGCCUUAUCUGAUUCAAAAUAAAUGGAAUUCUAAACUAAAAUAAUGUAAUAAAGUUGAAUAAAGGGUUUUUUCACCAU